AUGUCUGGAAUUGAGAUCGCGGGCCUCGUGCUUAGUGCGUUACCUUUGAUGAUAUCCGCUUUGGAGAGCUAUCGAAAGGGCUUGCGACCCGUGAAAACCUUGUUGUAUGCUUGGAAAAAGCAGCUGGAAGCGCUGGUAACUCGCCUUAAAGAUCAGAAAUUUUGGUUGCGUCAGAAUAUGAAAGUACUCCUGGCAGGUGCUAUACCUUCGCAGGAGAGUGACUUAACGAAGGUCGACGAUAUUCUGACAUUCAUGAGGAGGGAUGAGAUCUCUUGGUCAAUCGAACAUUACUUGAGCGACAAGGAAUCCUUGGAAUACUUCAAUCGGAUCUUGAAGGAGUGUGAAGAAACUCUGCUGGCCAUUGCAAAGCAAUUGCAGCACAUCAAGCACCCGAUCAAGGGUACUCACGAUCUCGAAAGUUUGAUUAAGCUCAAUCCGAAGACCGGACCGACUUACACCUUCAGAACGGCUUUUAACUUCACCAUGAACCAGAAAGAGAUAGAGCAAUUGGUCGACCGUGUUAAAGAUUGCAACGAGAAUCUUAAAGAACUGGCCAGGAGUGAAGAAAGCAUCAACAUCUCCAAACUCGCUCUGGCCCAAAACUCGUCAAUAGGAAUGGCCAAAGAUCUCGCCACGGUCUUUCACCGAAUCUGGGAGCAUGCAACUGCUUUGCACUCUGCGGUGUCCGAGUGUUGGUCCAUGAAUUGCAAUUCCAGCCACCAAACGAUGCUUUUCCUCGAUUCCCGAGCUGCGCAUCCCCAAAACAAGAUCCAGCUCCGCCAGAAGGAAUAUUCACCAAUCUUUCGACUUGCUCUUUGCACAUCGUGCUCAGGAGUUGAAUGGCAAGAAGGUGAAGUUUCCGUUGUCAAUUUGAGCCAGCCUUCGUCACCGACCAAAGAAGAAGUCAUCGAUCUCUGUAAUCGACUGGCCAAGGGCGCUCCCUUAGCUGGUAAGGCCUGGAUCAUGGACUUAACGAAAGAGAAGAAACUCUUUUGUUGCAGCAAGAAGACUUGCGAUGCCUGGCUGAGUGGGAGCAGCCGGGCAGGGAUCCUGAGCCUUGGAGAUUACCUGCGAAGCAACCAAGCCAAGAAAUUGCUGCCAAAGGAAAGCAUUCUGUUAGCCCUCACAUUGGCCUCGUCAUUGGUUCAGUUGCAUCAGACACAAUGGGUCCAUAACGCUUGGUCGAAGGAAACAAUCAGAGCCAUCCCGCAAGCGUCGGCAAACCGGGUUGACUGGACGCGGACAUUCAUUGAAGCUUCGUUUCCCAGUCCAUCCUCGUCGACUAGAGCCAAGGUGAAGGAGGAUUUACUGGACCUUGGUAUCAUUCUGCUGGAGAUAUGGGAGAGACAGACAUUUGAAUCGUGGGUCUCCUCCAUCUCAGCACCACCAGCGGAUGACUAUUAUUCCAAGAUGGGACUGGCGGUUCGAUGGCUUGACAGCGUGCAAGAGACCUGGCCAGUGCCUGAUUAUGCAUAUGCCGUGUCAUCCUGCGUCCGGUUCUCUUUUGAAGGUGUUCAGCAUGAUUGGAACCAUCCCGGAUUCCGCAGGAUGGUCUGCGAGAAGGUCAUCGCUCCACUGCAGGAGACUUCUCGAAUUGUAAUUCCAAAAUAA